CGGAUUUGUGAGCGGAAACUAACUGACGCUGGGGGAGGAUUCACACUCAACCAGAUAAAUAUCAGAGUUCAGUGUGUUUCAGAUCAAUCAGUGUUUUCAGUCAGAAAUUUUAAGAGUUACUAUCGUGGGCUUUACAGUGAACCAAUGAAGAAAAUGUUUCUCAGAUUAGUUUUGCUCAGUUUGUGUUUGUGGCGUCUGGAUGCAAUGGAGUCAGUGUCAGUGACACAGGGAAAUUCAGUCACUCUAGACUCUGAUCUUACUGAAAUAAAGGAUAAUCAUCUGAUUCAGUGGAUGCUGGGAAACACUUUAAUAGCUGAAAUCAAUAAACAGGACGACAGCUUCACUGUAUAUGAUGAUGUUCUUGACGGGAGAUUCAGAGACAGCCUGAAACUGGACAAAAAAACUGGAUCUCUGACCAUCACAGCUCAAAACACUGGAGUUUUUCAACUAUGGAUCAAUCAACAACUGAAGAAAACGUUCCUUCUCCAUGUCCAUGCGAAGGCAGUGUUUUUAUCAGUGACGGAGGGAAAUUCAUUUACUCUGAACCCUGGUCUUACUGACAUUUUUGAUGGUGAUGAGAUUCAGUGGAAGUUUGGAAUUGAAAACACUUUAAUAGCUGAAGUCAAUAAAAGGGCAAACAGAUUCACUGUAUAUGAUGAUGUUCUUGAUGGGAGAUUCAGAGACAGACUGAAGCUGGACAAUCAAACUGGAUCUCUGACCAUCACAAACACCACAUUGAAACAUGAUGGACUUUAUGAAGUAAAGAGAACUGGAGCAAGAUUUUUAUCAAAAUUAAUCAGUUUUUCUGUCUAUGCUCGUCUCCCUGUUCCUGUCAUCAGCAGAAACUCUUCACAAUGCUCUUCAUCUUCAUCAUGUUCAUUGGUGUGUUCAGCUGUGAAUGUGAGUGAUGUGACUCUCUCCUGGUACAAAGAAAACAGUGAAUUGUCCAGAAUCAGUGCAUCUGAUUUCAGCGCCAGUCUCUCUCUACCUCUGGAGGUGGAAUAUCAGGAUAAAAACACCUACAGCUGUGUGCUGAACAAUCCCAUCAGCAACCAGACUCAACAUCUGGACAUCACUCACCUCUGUCACACAUGUUCAGACUCUGUGAAGCAGUAAUCUGAUUGGUCCUCUCUGCUCUGAUGGGCGUGGCUACUGUCAUUAUUCUGGUUUAUGACAUCAGAUCCAGAAGAGCUGAACAAGAUCAAGCACAUAUUCACACAUCAGAAACCUGCAAAAAUGCAACACAUUGUAACAGUGUUUGUCAGGAUUAAUACUGAUGACUGCUGCUUUUUUUCUUUCUUUUCUUCUUCUUUAUUUUUUUUUUUUUUGUAACAGCUAAUCUUCAUGUUUGAUUUGGAUUUUAAGUACAUUUUAAGCAUCUCAUCUGAGGCUGAACAUUAAUUCAUGAAAAAAAAUAAGCGUUUUCUCUUUGAGUUCUUCAGUGUCUUUUUUUUUUUCAUUAAAUUGGUUCAUUUGAAAUUUAUUGUUUUUUAUUUCCCUUAUAUAAGACACUGAUCUCACAUUCUGAUAUCCACAUGCCUUGUAUCUGCCUGUAAUUAUCAAUAAAGUUUCCUCACUCUGA